AUGGCUUCAAAUCCUUCUCUGCCCAUCGAGCAAUAUCAUGUCGGUAUCAUCUGCGCACUUCGUCAUGAGAUGGCAGCUGCGAUUGCAACCUUGGAUGAAAGACACCAGCCGAUUGCUUUUCAAGACGUUCUGGACCCUAACAACUAUGUUUUGGGCAGAGUCCAUCGCCACAACGUGGUUAUUGCGUGCUUGCCUGCCGGCAUCUACGGGACAAAUGCGGCAGCUAGAGUUGCUAAUGAUAUGCUGAGGACCUUUCAAGGCUUACGCAUUGGGUUGAUGGUAGGCAUUGGAGGCGGAAUCCCUGACCUCGAGAAGGGCAUUGAUAUUCGUCUUGGUGAUGUGGUGAUCAGUCAACCUGACAAGACUUCUGGAGGAGUGAUCCAGUAUGACUUAGGGUCAAACCAAGGAGAAGGGCAAUUCGAGCGUAAAGGGUUCCUGAAACCACCACCAACUUUACUACUCUCCGCACUUUCAACAUUGCAAGCAGAGCACGAACUUAACGACAGUGCAGUACCACAAAUUCUGGAGGACAUGGUAGCAAAGUAUCCCAAAUUACUAAAGACUGGGUACCGUUACCCUGGCGACGAACACGACACUUUGUACUGCUCACUAUGUGACGGGUCCAUUCCUUCUAGCCAAUGUGAUGCUUGUAACGAUGGGAAAAUUGAUAGGCUGAUCCGCGAGGACAAGUCACCAUUCUUUUGGUAUGGAAUCAUUGCUUCAGGGAAUCAGGUGAUAAAGGAUGCAGCCGAAAGGAACAAGAUCGGCCACGAAUUCGGUGUCAUUUGCGUGGAAAUGGAGGCAGCUGGCUUGAUGAACGACUUCCCUUGCAUCGUCAUUCGAGGUGUAUGUGACUACGCAGAUCGUUGCAAGAACGACGGAUGGCAGAAAUACGCAGCACUGGUCGCCGCUGCAUAUGCAAAAGAGUUACUUGGUUACAUCUCACCACAACAAACAAGCAUGGAGAAACCGAUCCAAGAUAUGCUUGUCGAACAAUCAAGUCUCAUAGCGGAGCAUCUUCUUGAGGUCAAGAUUGAGAAUCAAAAACAAGAUCAGCGAUAUCUUGGGGGAAAAUCCGAUCGAUGUCUUCAGGUGUUCAAGACAAGUACCUAUGAACUAUUUAAAGACCUCAAUCCUGAUCGGGCAAAUGGUACUUGCCAAUGGGUUCUAUGUCAUCCGCAGUUCAUUAGUUGGUCUUCCAGCUCAUGCAACGACCUUUUAUGGAUUUCGGCAGACCCAGGCUGUGGGAAAUCUGUCCUCACGAAAUCGCUAGUGGAUAACGAACUUCGAAGUACAGAUAGCCAUACCGUCUGCUACUUCUUUUUCAAAGAUAACGACGAGCAGGACGCCUUAGCCACGGCUCUUUGCGCCUUGCUCCAUCAGCUAUUUGUACAACAAUCUCAGCUUAUUCGACAUGCUAUGCCAGGCUGGGAGAAGAAUGGUGAUCAUAUCACGAAGGAGGUCUCUGAGUUGUGGCGCAUACUCCUUGCUGCAGGAAUGGAUCCCGAGGCGAGGGACGUAACUUGCAUAUUUGAUGCUCUAGACGAAUGUCAACCGACCGACCGUCAAACAUUAAUAGCGAUGAUCUCCAACUUCUAUACACAGAUAUCAGCCGCCACAGGCUCGAAAAGAAGCAUAGGCAGGUUGAAGAUACUUGUGACAAGUCGCCCAUACGAUGAUAUCGAAAUAGACUUCCUAAGAGGACUGGAGAAUCUUCCAACAAUUCGGCUGCGAGGUGAAGAGAAAAAUGAUCAAAUCAGCAACGAGAUCGACAGAGUAAUUCGGAUGCGAGUGGAUAGACUCGCAAGAGAUCUAUUACUAAAUGAUCAAACCAAAGGCCUGCUCGAAACUAAACUGCUCGAGAUGGAACAUCGCACCUACUUAUGGCUUCACCUAGCAACUCAGAGCAUAUACGAGACAUAUCGCAACAGUCUAAAACCCGAGCAUGCAGCAAUCAGCCUACUUCCUUCCAGCGUUGAGGAUGCUUAUGAGAAAAUUCUCAAUCGUGUCAGCAUAGGGCAAAGAGACAUUGUGAAAAAAAUUCUCUUAAUUGUCGUUGGAGCACGUCGACCACUUACUAUCGAAGAGAUGGCUAUCGCUCUUGGGAUAGCUAUAUCACCCGACUCUGAGUCUCUUUCACAGGUACAACUCGACAGCGUAAGACUCAAGGAUCGUAUUCGAGACUGGUGUGGGCUUUUUGUUUUCAUCAACCACGAGCGAAUUUAUCUAAUCCACCAGACAGCCAAGGAGUUCUUACUGCGUGGUGGUGAAUCUGUAGCGCCUCUGUUCGGAUGGAAGCAAUGUCUACAUUCAAAUGAAGUUGAGAAAGAGAUGGCACGAAUAUGUGUUCAAUAUCUCCUGCGAGAAGAAGUCGUAUCUUUGAUGCCUAGUAUUCUUCACAAGUUGACAGAGAUUCAGGACCAAUCUGAUAUCAAACUUGUCUGGGACGGCGCCUUUCAACAAUUCCUAGCGUACACAACAGAAUACUGGCCCGCUCAUCUACGAGAUGCUGAACUGUCAGCAGAAGAACAUGGUCUCAUGGCCAAUGUUCAAGCUCUAUAUGACAGUCGCAACUCCAUCAAUCAUCCAUGGUUUGGUAUCUUUCGGCACAUUUGUCAGGGACGUGGUAUACCACCUAAACUGAAUUUAGUACACCUUGCUGCAUUUCUUGGACAUGUCCAAAUAUUGAGAACGACGCUAAAAUCGAAACAGUGCCCUAACCUCAAUGAAGUUGACAACACCGGUCGGACUGCACUAACCUGGUCAAGCGAGGAAGGUUAUGCGGAUAUCGUGCGUCUCCUCCUCGAGCAUGGAGCCAUUAUCAAUUCUCAUGGCGUUGGAGAAGUGGCUUUCGAGCAUAACCCACUAUUCAUUGCAAUAGAAAUAGGACAUGAGAAAGUUGUAGAGACGCUACUCGAUUGGGCAGUGGGCACCAGUACUGGUGCCAACACCAACGGAGAGAUCUUCACUGCAAAACAACUUAGCUAUGCGCUCGUAGGCGCAUCACGGUAUGGACAUCCGAAUAUCGUAAAGGUGUUACUUGAACACGAAACCGAGGUCAACUUAGAGGAAGAGGCUUACGGUAAUGCCGUCAUCCAUGCGUCGGUCAGGAAUAACGUGGAAGUCGUGAAGAUACUGCUUGACCAUGGAGCCGAUGUCAAUUUCCAAGAGGGAUACUGGGGUAAUGCCGCCAUUGCAGCCUCGUUCAUCAAUAACGCUGCAGUCCUGGAAAUACUCCUUGAAUAUGGAGCCGAUGUCAAUUUCAUAGCGGGCGCCUAUGGCACUGCCAUGAUCGCAGCAUCGGUCAAGGGUAAUUUAGAGAUCCUGGAAAUGCUGAUUGAAAACGGAGCCGAUGUCAACGUCAAAGCGGGAGACUAUGGCACUGCUGUCAUCGCAGCAUCGAUCAACGGUCAUUCGGAGAUACUGAAGAUUUUAGUUGAACACGGAGCAGACGUCAAAUGCACAAGGGUCUUUUACUCUUUCAGCACUUCAAGAAGCGUCACGGUCGAAGAAUGCGGAAAUCGUGACGAUUCUGCUCGAGCAUGGGGCAGAUGUCAACGCUAA